AUGAACAAGAACAUGAACAUGAACAUGAACAUGUCUGUUUGCAACCCUACCUCUAUGAUGGAGGCUCGUUCCAACCCUGUUACCACCCCUUUCUAUGGAGGCUUUGCUAAUGAUCACUGUCACCAUUCUGUGACGUUGGAACCAAACAAAACUGUCAUGGAUGCUUUGCAUGGCAACCAAAAAAACACAGUCAUAUGUAAAUUUUCACAGAAAACCAUGUCGGCUCAUCCAUCUCAAGCUUCAUGUUCCAAAUCAUCACCAUUAUCUUUUUCUCUCUUUAAUAACUGUGAAUUAGAGAUGAUGAGUGAAUUUCACUGGGACAAUAAUCAAAAUGCAAAGCUCAAAAAUGAUACCAACAUUGCUAAUCAUAACAUAAUCAAAGGGCAAUGGACUCCUGAAGAAGAUAGAGCUCUUAUGGAAUUGAAAGGAUCAUGGAGCUUGGAGGAAGACAUGAUUUUGAUCAAAGGGCACCAAGAAUUUGGAAGAAAAUGGUCAAAGAUUGCAAAGAGAUUGAGUGGUAGGACUGAGAAUGACAUCAAGAACCGGUGGAAUGCAACCAUCCGACGCCAAAACUGCAACAAGAACAGUAAAGCUCAGUACAAAGGCUCAAUCCUCCAUGCCUAUGUUAAAUGGGUCACUGCAACUGAACAAAAACUUCUCAGAAAACCCUCAGACAACAAGAAUAAAAAUGUCUUUGGAUGCACUUGUGAUGAGCUAGCUCUUUUCUUGAGCUAG